AUGAUGAAGUCCCAACAAGACCCCAAGAAGACCUCAAAUGGCUCUGCAAAUCCCAAAGACAUGAAGAAGAAAACAAGGUUGGUGAGAUACAAAGAGUGCAGGAAAAACCAUGCUGCUGAAAUAGGAGGCUAUGCUGUGGAUGGUUGCAGAGAGUUCAUGGCUUCUGGUGAAGAAGGUACUAGUCAAGCUCUUUACUGUGCUGCUUGCACUUGUCACCGUAGUUUCCAUAAGAGAGAGGUUGAAGAUGAAGCUUUGUCUGAGUCUGACUAUUCUUCACACUCUGGGACUUUAGCAUGA